GUGAAAUUUAGAAGGUGAGAGGGUAAGACUGAUAACUAUGUUCAGAAAUGCUUGGUAAUUCAGGUUAAAAAUAAGUACAACACACCUAAAUACAGGAUGAUGGUCCAUGUAACCAACAGAGAUAUCAUUUGUCAGAUUGCUCAUGCCCAUAUAGAAGGAGAUGUGAUAGUCUGUGCAGCUCACGCUCAUGAACUCACAAAGUAUGGUGUGAAGUCUGGCCUGACAAAUUAUGCUACAGCAUAUUGUACAGACCUGCUGCUAGUCUGCAGGCUCCUCAACAGGUUUGGCAGGGACAAGAUCUAUGAAGGCCAAGUGGAAAUGACUAGAGAUGAAUGCAAUGUGGAAAGCACUGGUGAUCAACCUGGUGCCUCCACCUGCUAUUUGGAUGCGUGGCUGGCCAGAACUACUACUGGAAAUAAAGUUUUGGGGGCCCUCAAGGGAGCUGUGGAUGGAGGCUUGUCUGUCACUCACAGUACCAAACAAUUCCUUGGUUAUGAUUUGGAAAGCAAGGAAGUCAACGCAGAAGAAGAUUGGAAGCAUGUCAUGGGUCAGAACGUUGCAGAUUGUAUGUGUUACCUAAUGGAAGAAGAUGAAGAUGCUUACAAGGAACAAUUCUGUCAAUACAUAAAGAACAAAGUAUCUCUAGACAUGGUGGAGGAGAUGAAUAAGAAAGCCUCAUUUAUAUGAGAGAAUCCAGUCUAUGAGAAGAAGCCUAAGAAAGAAGUUAAAAAGAAGAGGUGGAACCAUCCCCCAAAAAUGUCUCUUACCCAGAAGAAAGACUGGGGAGCUCAGAAGAAGGCAAGCUUCCUUAGAGCUCAGGAGCAGGCUGCUGAAAGCUAACAAACCAAACCACAAUUUCUAUGAAGAUUUUUCAGAUAAAGACAAUAAAAAAACUUAUUCACCAAGCAGCUGAAAUAAAUAAAUAAAUAAAAAUAAAAUAAGUAGUCAUGGAGAUGAAAAGUACAACAUAAAGAAUAUAGUCAGUAAUAUUCUAGUAACAUUGUAUGGUGAUAGAUGGUGACUACACUUACCAUGGUGAGUGCUAGGUGAUGUACAGAAUUGCUGAAUCACUAUAUUGUACACUUGAAACUAAUAGGACAUUGUAUGUUAAUUAUACUUAAGCAAAAAUAAACAAAUAAAUAGCAAAUAGAAGUAAAGUGUAUCACUACUCAAAAGAUUUUAGUUAUUCAAUUAUUUAUCUGGAGACACGUGAAAAAAAGAGAAACAAUUUUUGUAUAUUGUUGUAA